UAUUAAUGAAGAGAUGGAAAAUGUUAGGGCUAGUGUUCACCAACAAUCAGCCAUGCAAAUCAAUUUAGAAGAUAGGAUCACUAAGAAUCUGAAUAUUUUGGAAGUUAGGCAGAACGAAGAAGCUGUCAAGGUCUGUACCUUACAGUUGAAUGUAGAGAAAAACAGUGAAACAGUUGAUAAAUUACAGAAAAAAAUCUCAUCACAAGUGAACUUUGUACCGCAAGUAAAUAAUUGCUUUCCUUCUGACAAAUACGAAUUUCAAAUGUCGAUUGACAGGAGAAAUCCUAUGAACUUCAUCAAUAGCUUAACUGAAUAUUUAUCUCGUAACCAUAUUAAUGAAUGGGGAAAAAUAAAAAGUAUUUUGGACAAUAAUUUGAAUAAAACUUAUCAACAACAAGAAUGGUGGGAUUUUGUAAAAACCGAUAUUGACAGUUUUGAAAGCUUCAAAAACAAAUUCAUCUCGAAGAUGUGGUCGCAAGACAUCCAGAAGAAAGCACGACAAGAACUUCAAUUUGGAAAAUACGUCAUUGGUAGUAAGUUAACUUUAAGUGAAUAUUUUAUUUCCAAAUUUAACAUCUGUAAAAAUUUAAUUCCGGCUAUUGACAAAGACACAAUUUUUGAAAUGUUGAAAAAUCAUUACAAUGAAAAUAUAAUUACCGCUGCAAUUGUUAGAAAUGUAAAGAAUGCAGAAGAAUUUAUUAAGGUGUUGGAUGCAUUCAGUUUAUUAGAUGAAUAUAGGGUGAACAAAAAUCAAAACAAUCAAGAAAAUCAAGAUAAGAAUCAGUCAAAUGACAAUCGAAGAUUUGAUCAGGUAGGACGCAAUAAUUUUGAUAAUAGAAGAAAUAAUAACAACUUUCAAAGAUCAGGUUAUCAACAACGUCAGGAAGAUCGUAAACAAUCAAAUAAUUCAAACAUGAAUCAAAUGAAUCAAAACAUGAAUCAACCAGGUAAUUUUCAUCCUAGAAAUCCAAUGAUGUUUCCGCAGCAGUUCAACUACCCGCCGCCUGGAUAUGGAGCAUCACAAAGAAAUACAUCACAAAGUACACAUAGUAACAAACAUCCUUUAAACUAAAGGAUGAACAACGAAAAAUGAUUUCUCCUGUUAGUUCAUUAAGUUCAGGGUUUACCAAUGAAAAUUCAAAUGAAAAUCUAAGUAAAAGUUCAAAUGAAAAUUCUUCAAAUAUAGACAAUCAACCUGUAUUGAAAAAUUAUGAACGAUUUUAAAAAAGAGAAACUUUUGCAUUUUCCAAGAAUUAUUAGAUGAACCGGACAUGCCUAUAAAAGAAAACUAUGAACUUGUCGAAGUAAAUGUUAAGAUUUGUAAUAAAGAAUUUAUGUUAAUUAUAGACACAGGAUCUGAGGUUAGUGUAGUAAAUGAAAAAAUAAUUAAAGAAUUGAAAGUAAAUAACUCUAAGAAUUUAAGUAUUGUUCCAGCUCAAAAUAUUAGUAUUGUAAGUGCAACUGGUAUAAAACAUAAGAAAGUAAAUAAGCAAGUUAUUCUAGAUGUAGGGUUUGAGAAGAUGGAAUUACCAAUAGUAUUCUUAAUAGUUGAUGAUUUAAAUACAGAUUUAAUUGUAGGUUGUGACUUUCUAAAAGAAAUAAAAGGUAUUGUUAAUUUCGAAGAAGAAAAAGUAGUGAUUAAAAAACUAGAGAUACCUUUCAUUAAGAAACCAAUUUGUAGGUAUGGACAAAUUUUCAAUAUCAAAGUCAAUGCUGAUAAAAGAACUAAUGAAGAAAUUUGGGAUGAUCAAAUAUUAAAUAUACGUCAUAGUUUACAGAAUGAAUCCAAAGAUCUAGUAGAGAAAUUAAUUGAUGUGUUUGAUUCCAAUAAAGAUGUAUUUUCUGAUUCUCCAGGCUCAGCUAAAGGAUACGUUUGUAAGUUAAGAAUGAAAGAUGAUAUAAAAUUAAUCAAGAAAAGUUAUCCUAUUCCUUAUAAUCAAAGAGAUGCAGUAAGGGAAGAGCUCAACAAAAUGUUAUCUCAAAAAAUCAUUGAACCAGGCUGUUCUGAAUACACUAAUCCAAUGGUUGUAGUUAAAAAACCGAAUAAUAGUAUCAGAUUGUGCUUAGACGGUAGGGAAGUAAAUAAAUUCAUAUUGAGAGAUUACACUGAGCCAGAACCGAUUGAUAGCUUAUUAAUAAGAUUCAACCAAUGUAAUUAUAUAACAAGUUUAGAUCUAACUCAAGGUUUUAAUCAGGUAAAAUUAGAUGAAGACAGUAAAAAAUUUGUAGCAUUUAACGUAUUUGGACAAGUAUAUCAAUACACGCAUCUUCCAUUUGGACUCAAUAUCAGCUCAUCUGAAUUCAUAAAAUGUUUGUAUAAAAUACUAGGAGAAGAUGUUUGUCAAUUCAUUAUCGCCUAUGUCGACGACUUAGCUAUUUGUAGUAAAACACUUGAGGAACAUAUUCAAAGACUUGAUCUCUUAUUUAAAAGAUUAAAAGAAGGUAAUUUAACGUUAAAGUUGGCUAAAUCUAAGUUAAUUGCAGAUAAAAUAAAAUAUUUAGGAUAUGUAAUAAGUAAGGAAGGAAUUGAACCGGAUCAAGACAAGUUAAGAGUAAUUAAAGAUUUUCCAGAACCCAGUAAUUUAAAACAACUUCAAUCUUUUCUUGGAUUUUGUAAUUAUUAUAGAAAAUUUCAAAAGAACUAUUCGUACUUAACAGCUGAAUUUAAGCAUCUAUUGAAUAAAAAUAAAAAUUUAUUUGGACUGAUAAGGAAAGAAAAGUAUUUAAUGAAAUAAAAGAAAAAUUCAUUGAUUGUGUAAUGCUCAGACAUCCUGAUUACAAUAGAGAAUUUAUUAUGAGUACUGACUGUAGCGAUAUAGGUAUAGGUGUGGAAUUAUUCCAAGAGAAUAAUGAGAAGGAACAUGAAGUGAUAGCCUAUGCUAGCAGGAGUUUAAAUAAGAGUGAAUUAAAUUAUUCUAUUUGUGAAAAGGAGUGUUUAUCAGUAUUGUUUGGUUUGCAAAAAUUUCAGAAUUACUUUGGAGAUCGUAAAAUAAUAGUAAGAACAGACCAUAAAGCAUUAACCUUUAUGAAAAAAUGUAAAGUAGGACACAGUAGAAUGGGCAGAUGGAUUUUAGCAUUGCAAAAUUAUAAUAUUGAAUGGGAAUAUAUCCCAGGUAAAGAAAACAUUGUAGCUGAUAUAAUUUCAAGAACCGACUUUGAGGGAAAUUUAGAGGUACGUAAUUCAAAUGAAUAUAAAGUUUUUAAUAUUAUUAAAAGUGAUAAGCCCAUGAAUGAAAUAAUUAAGAAAAUAAAAAAUACACAGCAUACUGAUCCAUGGAUAAAUAAGAUAAAAGAUAAAGUAGAAAUGGGUAACGUUCAAAUUUGUAAAUACUUCACUGUCCAUGAAGACUUAUUGUUCUGUAGAAAAACUACUAAAAAUAAUUAUUGGAAAUUGUGUGUGCCUUCUGCACUUUAUGAAGAUUUAAUUAUGGAAACACAUUAUAGACAAGGUCAUGUAGGUAUUUCUAAAGUUUGUAGAUUUUUGCAAGAAACAUUUUAUAUUAAAGAUUGCUAUAAAAUGGUAACGAAAACUAUUAAGUAUUGUAAGUAUUGUCAGUUGGUAAAAACUUCAAAUGAGAAAAAGUUACUCGAUAUGCACACUAUCAUUUCUGAGAAAAAGAAUAGCAAAAUAUUUAUAGAUGUAUAUGGUGAAUUACCAGGAGGUCGAUAUAAAUGGAUGUGUAUAAUAUUAGAUGGGUUCACAAAGCAUGUAAAAUUAUAUCCGUUAGUAAGAGCAAAUAGUAAUACUUUAAUUAAAAAAGUAGAAGAAUACAUAAAAGAAUUUGGUAAAUUUGAAUACAUCAUCAGUGACAACGGUACCUGUUUUCAAAGUAGAAUAUGGAAGUCAGAAAUGGAGCGUCUGGGAAUCAAACCUUACUACAUUUCUAUGUACCAUCCUCAAGCUAAUCUGAGUGAGCGGCCGUUAAAGGAAGUGAACAGGAUCUUACGCACCUAUGUUCCGAAGGAGAAGCAUAAUACUUGGUACAAACAUCUUGAUAAGGCAGAAUACAUCAUUAACUGUAACUUUCAUGAAACAACAGGACAGAUUCCAGUAGAGAUGAUGAUGAAUAAAAAAUUAGGUCAUUUAGUUUUCAAAAGUAUUAGAUUUCCUCCUGAUAAUAAAUUUGAACUUGAACCCGAAGAACUUAGAAAUAGAAGAGUAUUAAUUAAUAUAAAAAAUAAAGGAGUAAUCAGAAGAUUUAAACAGAAUAUGAGAAAUAAAAAUCCAUGUAAAAUCAAUGUAGGUGAUCAAGUCUUGAUAAAAAAUUACAUUCUAUCUAACAAAUUGAAGAAAAUAUCUGCGAAACUGUGUGCAAAAUAUAAGGGACCGUAUGUUGUAGUAAAAGAUUUAAGAAAGGGUUGUUAUGAACUUGAAGAAAUAAAAACUGGAAAAAUUUUGAAAGUAAAUAAGUUUAUGAUAAAGCGUUUUUACCAUAAAGAUGAUUAAUUUUUCUAAACUUACGUGAUCAAUGGCUUGAGAAUCAUUCUAAAAUAAAAAAUAUGCAAUUGAAUACUAUAACACUUUGUUAAAUCAACUGUAGAAAAUGAAACUUUGUUUAAAAUAAUAAUGUAAUUCAAACAAAUUUUAUUGAGUCAUGAAAUCUAUUGUAUUGGUACUGUUGUUUAGUAUUCUUGUUGGUAUGUAUUAGUAUUAGUAAUUAUUGAUUUAUAAUUGUAUUUUGUUUGAGUAAGAAAUCCUGACCUUGAAGUCUUAAGGAUGCUCAUAAAUUUUGUGUAAUGUAAUUUGUGCUUAUGAAUGACCAUGUAGCUUGUGUUGGUAAUACAAUGAUUUAAAUGACUUGAUGAAACGUAUUUUGAAAGUUUUGGAAAAUUUAUAAGUAAUAUUUAAAUUUCAUUGUGUUUAACUUCCUACUUUUAUAGUAAAUUCAUAAACAAAUGAUUGACAUUAAUGAUUAAUAAAAUAAUGAAUGUUCAAAUUAAUUGAAAAUAAAUUGCUGAAAACCAUUGAAACGAUUUAAAUAAAGGAAUAAAUAAUAUAAUAUUGUUGUUACAUAACUGUCUGAAUAAUUCUGAAUAUGUAUUUUGUUCACAAUGACUUGAAAAAUAUUGGUGAGGUAUUCAUGAUGAUUGAUAUAUUUAUUCUAUAUUCACUUGUAUUCAGUAAUAAUAAUGUGUACGUACUUGAAAUAAUAAUAUUGUUUAAUUAAAAUUGAUUCAUAUGCUAUUGAUCACUAAUAUCCUAUCUAAAUAUUUAGUAUAACUCUUCUGUCAAUAUUUUAUUUUAUGAUUUACUUGAAAUUUGUGGAUAAAUUCAUGAACUUACAAUAUUCAUGAUUCAUUUUGUUUGAAAUAUGACUGACGAUUUAUCAACUUAACUAUAUUUUUGAGUAAUAGUCAAUUCUAAAACUUAUCUUUAAAAAAUAUAUAUAUAUAUUUUUUAUUCUUAUUAAAAAUUUAAAUAGUAAUUUUUUAUUCUUAAAUGCUCAUACAUUCUUGACGUGAAAGUGACUACUAGUGCAUCGAAUAACACUGCAACGUAUAAUACAAAUGUGAAUGAUAUCUUCGAAUCUUCAAUAUUCUACGACAACGAAAUUGCUGAAAAUAAAAUGGUAGUGGUAUGGAACUUCGUCGCAGAACUUCAAGCUGAGAUGUGGCCUAACUCCAUUCCACAGCGUAAAGAUGUCAUUCCACAUAGAGGGUGUUCCAGAAAUUAUAGUCACAAGAACUUCAAGAUUUUGCAUUGCAAGAAACCUUUACCUAAAAUUUACCUUACCUUAAAAAAGCUAUUCCUUUCUAGAUAUUGGCAACAGUGAAUCCUUUCUAGCAACUCACUCCGUUCCUUAAGUUAAUCCUUUCAAAAUUUUCCACUUGCACAUAAUGCAACUACAACUACAAAUAAAAAUGCUAUCUAAACGAGUAUGGACAUGUAAAAGUGAGAAGUAAAAGAAAUGAGUGAUUAAAAAAUAACGAGAUGUAUCUACGAAUGUGCCUGCAAAUGAACUUUCAUCUUCGUCUAAAUCCAAAAAUGUUCCAGUUGUAAAAAA